AUGGCAUACCACCCGUUUAUACCGCACCGGGGUCAAGACUUUGCCAUGAGUGCUAUGCUCGGGCACCAGCCUCCCUUCUUCCCGGCCUUGGCGCUUCCUCCGAGCGGGUCCCUGUCUCUGCCUGGCGCGCUGGGGAAGCCGAUCAUGGAGCAGCUGAUGGGGGCUGCGGAGAGCGGGCUGCACUUCAGCUCUUUGGGACACCAGGCUGCGGCUGCUGCUGCUGCUCACAUGCGGCCCCUGAAGACCCUGGAGCCCGAGGAGGAGGUGGAGGACGACCCCAAAGUGCAUCUGGAGGCGAAGGAGCUUUGGGAGCUGUUCCACAAGAGAGGGACAGAGAUGGUCAUCACCAAGUCCGGAAGGCGGAUGUUCCCUCCGUUCAAAGUGCGCUGUACAGGUCUGGACAAAAAGGCCAAAUAUAUUUUACUCAUGGAUAUAGUCGCGGCGGACGAUUGCAGAUACAAGUUCCACAACUCCCGGUGGAUGGUGGCGGGGAAGGCCGACCCGGAGAUGCCCAAACGGAUGUACAUUCACCCGGACAGCCCCGCCACAGGGGAGCAGUGGAUGUCCAAAGUCGUCAAUUUUCACAAACUCAAACUGACCAAUAACAUCUCGGACAAGCACGGAUUUGUAAGUUCAACUAAUACGAUCCUUAACUCCAUGCAUAAAUACCAGCCUCGGUUUCACAUUGUUAGGGCCAACGACAUCCUGAAGCUGCCCUACAGUACGUUCAGGACCUACGUGUUCCCAGAGACAGACUUCAUUGCGGUGACUGCGUAUCAAAACGACAAGAUCACGCAGCUCAAAAUUGACCAUAAUCCAUUUGCAAAAGGAUUCCGAGACACAGGCAACGGCAGACGAGAAAAAAGGAAACAGCUGGCCCUGCAGUCCAUGCGCGCGUACGAGGACCACCAGAAAAAAGACCCCGCAGCGUCUGACGAGUCCUCGGGAGAACAGGCGCCGUUUAAGGGCUUCGGUCCGGCCUCGUCCCCCGCGGUGUCCACAGCGGGGCACCAUCACGUCAAAGACUUCGUUGACAGUGACGAGGACAGCGACGACGACAGCAAAGACGAGCACCUCAAAGACGGUCCGGACUCCAACCGGAUCUCCACGACCACGGAGGAGCUGCGGGACCUGCCCCACGAGGCCAGCCCGGCCAAGUGCCACCUCUUCAGGGACACCGACUCCCACAGUGGCUCACGGACUGAGAAAAGCCACGCAGACUCCCGCCAGAGCCCGGUCACCGUCAUCUCCAGCACCACGCGCUCUGCGGACGACGUCAAAAGCCUCGCAGCGGAACCGGCCAAAACUACCGACUGCCGCUCUCUCAAGGACAGCUUCAUGCCGUUAACCGUACAGACUGACAGCGCGCACUUGGGAGCCCAGCACGCGCACAUGCAUAACUUUGGGUUCCCCCCGGGUUUGAGCGGGCAGCAGUUCUUUAACCACCUCGGGAGCGCGCACCCGUUCCUCCUGCACCCGGGGCAGUUCAACAUGGGGAGCGCGUUCUCGAACAUGGCGGCCGCGGGGAUGGGUCCCCUCUUGGCGGCCGUGUCCUCCGGAGGGGUGGGCGGCCUGGAGGCGGGCAGUAUGGCCUCGCCCCAGCAGAGCAUGGCGGGAGGACCGGGCCUGCCGUUCCAUCUGCAGCAACACGUCUUGGCAUCACAGGGCCUGGCCAUGUCCCCGUUCGGCGGCCUGUUCCCGUACCCGUACACGUACAUGGCAGCGGCGGCGGCGGCCUCCUCUGCAGCUGCUGCCUCCUCCGCGCACAGACACCCGCUCCUGAACGCCGUGCGGCCCCGUCUCCGGUACAGCCCCUACCCGCUCCCCAUGACGGCCCCGGACAGCACGCUCCUCACCACCGGUCUCCCCCCGCUGCCCACCGGGGGAGGCUCCGAGCUCAAGGCCAGCGGCGGCAGCCCGGUGUCUGCGGGGCUGGACUCUACGUCAGAGGUGACCAGUCAUUCGUCCAGCACGGUUUCCUCCGGCUCCGCGCUGUCCCCAAAGACUGUGACGUCAGAGAAGGACGUGACGAACGAGCUGCAGAGCAUCCAGCGGCUGGUGAGCGGCCUGGAGCCCGGGCAGGACCGGUCCCGGAGCGGAUCCCCGUAG